AUGGAUCUUGUGCAGACAAUUCUCAAUUUUGAGACUGCAGCUGGAUGGAAGAAGAAGGAUUCGUUAUGUAGCAAGAGAUGUACUAAAGGCUGGGAACAAACUUCUCCAGGGCGCUCGAUUGAUGCUGACAGUAUCGAUGUCGCCGACUCGACGGUGACCAUUGCAAGCACGCUUACAGAUUCCCGAGACGCCAAAUUGCGAGAUAAAAUAGCGUUCGUUCGUGCUAUUGCCAAAAGACAGGAUAUUAUUUUUUGUGAUGCUGUAAACUCAAAAACAAAAGAGGAAGCCUGGAGAGAAGUGGCGAAAGAAGUUGAGGAUCUAGGUCUGAAGUCUUUUGCGGGAAAAACAUGGAUGAGGAUGCGAGAUCAUGAUUGGCAGUACGUGCGUCGACAUGCCCUUGCCCGUAGCGAGAACAGCCAUAAACCUUCUGGAAAAUUGGGGGAGUUGGAUCAGCUGGUUUUGGGUAUUGUAAACAAAUACAAUGUUCGGUUGUCGACCGACUAUCACGUGGAACAAAUGCUGUUCGACAUGAUAACUGAAGAUUCCGAACUUGUAGAAGUGAACACCCAUCCACAGCAUGAAAUAAAAGUGGAACCUCCACCUUCGACGGGUUCAGAGGCAUCAGUUGCCUCUCUUGUGGUGUCUCCACUCUCUCAGCUGGUCGCAUUACCUCCCUCAUCAACAGUUGUAGCUCAGCCACUUAGACCAGAUGCUCCACAAAACAGUUGCCCUAACACUACUCUGAAGAACAAAGCCGUGGAAGCAUGCAUGGUUCUUCCCACAACAGGGGAUUCAACGGAAAGCUCAUUAACUCACGAAUGCGAGUCUACCAAAAGACUAGCUCUCAACGGUGUGCCAAUCUCUCCUGCUGAAAAUGUAUGUUGUUCACCACAUGUCGCAAUCAAACGUCCAAGGACAGCGGAACAGAGCAGUGGAACAGAAUGCAAUAUCGAUGAGAAUACUACAUUUAUUCGCAAGAAAAGAGAGCUAGAAUUGAGGAAAAUGGAGCUGGAAAAUGAGAAGCUGGAAAGGGAAAUUCAAUCUUUAAUAAAUCAAGAGAAGAGAGCAAAAGAGUUGCACAAUAGUGUUUUGGAAAUGGAAGCAGCACGAGCUAACGCGGAUUGGAGUUUCUUGAAAAAGAAACCAUUCGGCUUUCUAAUGGCAGGACAGACAGUCGUUAGCUUAUUUAUUGUUGUUGUCGUCAUAUUCGCACCAUUCAUCUUCGAAGGCGUUUCAUUUGUCACUGGUUGCGCACUCACUUUACUAUUCUGUUCUUCGGUAUAUAACUUGUUCCACAUUAUGGGUUGGAAUAGGAAGGUGUUGCAACUUCCCGGUGGCAUUAAUCUUUUUGUACCAUGUACUCUAUGGGUAUUCGGUUCAUCGGUGAUAUUCUUUUUCCUUUUUACGUUCGGUACCCUGAUCUGCUUAGUGGGUUUCUUCGAUUCGUUCCGGUUCACAGUUCGCCUUAUUAUAACCUACUUCUUCCUUUCCUUAGCGUCCGCCUUGCAAGCAUUUAUUUGCCUUCGUCUUGGUGUGUUGUUAUUCCGAGCAGCACCGAACAGUCAACUGUUAGCCCUAACUACUGUAAUUAUAGAUGGUGAUAAGACUUCAAGAAUGGAAGGAUCAGCACCACAGUUCAGCCCUGCAACGACGCCUUCUGGCACAAAUCCAGUCUAG